AUGAAGAGAGAACAAGAGGAGCAAGAAGAAGAACAAUCGCAAAGAGAGUAUUUACAGCUUUCACGUAAUUAUGAAUUAAGUCAAUUAAGUGUUGCUGAUGAACUGAUUGCCAGACAAGAGCAUGACAUGUUUGACGAAAUAAAACAUGGUCUCGAGACUUUGAGUACAACAGAUGANUCAUCAAAACCAGAAAUCGCAUGUAAAAAUCUUUCUAACGCAUAUAUGAAAAUGGCGACAAAAAGAAAUCAAAACUCAAGGGAAACAACAAAUACUACAGCCAAGACAACAACUACAGAACUUUUUACAACGACUACACUAUCUAAACCUUUGUCACAGAUAAUCUGCCAAAUACUAAUCAAACGAAAUCAACCAUUGGUUAUCGAUUUUAUUCACAAUUUUCUACUAUCCCCAAUAGCUCAGACUACCUCAUCUCAUCAAAAAUCAGACACAACAACAGCUGCUUUAUCUUCAAAUCACUUGAUUCAUGGAAUUCUACCUCCUGAUUCUACGCUACACAUUUUUAUUCGCUCACAGUUACGAGCGCGAGGUGGUGUUAUCAAUGUCGGUCGUUCGUUGACUAAAUUUCCAUUGGUAGAGUCAAUAACCGUCGUUGACGAGUUUGAUACUUGGAAUUUCGAUCAGCUACGUGAUCUAUUCGAAUUAAUUCUUGUUCCAGAAGGAGAAAAAUUUCCAUUGGUCUGGGAAUUAGCACCUGAUGUACAAAUUCUCUACCUCUUUGAAUUGUAUGGGCGAAACAAAACGAAUGAUUAUGAAAAUCCACAAACUAACAGAAAUGCUGAUCAACCCAGCAGAGCAUCUUUAGAACAAUUUGUGAUUGACGUUUGUGAAAAAGAAAAUAAUGGCAUGACUAAUAAAUGGCUUCAGGCCUUAUAUGCAGAUGAUAUCAUUGCUUUUGAUCAUCUGGCUAAUUUAAAAUUUGCAGAAUGGGAUAAACUCAAAUCAUUAUCAUUGAAUGGAAAAAAGAUUCUCAAAUCGUACGUGGAUCGAGCAAAGCAAACAGUCAGCGAUGUUCAAACAAUCACAAAAGAAAAUAAAACCAAUCCGACUGAAAAUCAAUCAAAAUCGGAACUUCUUGCUUAUCUUCAUCAGAUAAAAUUAUAUUUUCAUUAUGUUCUUGCUGAACAAUUUGCUCAAGCUGGAGUACGAACUCCUGCUAAAUUGAAUGCUGAAUGUGUUCAUUUAGCAUUUCAAGAGAUGCGUGAAGGUGGUUUUUCUGAUGAUGGCCUUUUCGAUCAAAUGAAAAUGUUUUUUCUUCCACUUACAAUGGUUAAAAGAGAUUUAGAUAUUGAUCGGCCACGAUGGAGAAUCAUUUCUCAGCGAAAUCAGCAAGAAAAACAACGAUUAUUGGAGGAAAAAGAACGUCUACUCGAAGAAUUGAGCGAAAAGGAAAAUCUAUAUUAUGAAAAAGAUGAUAAUAUUGAGAAAUUACGAAGAGAGAUCAAUUCAAAAAAGAAAGUAUCAACAAAACUGGAUAAUGAUGAAUAUGGAAACUAUACAACGUUGGACUUGCUGAAUAUAAAUCGACGAGCAAAGGAACAAUUAGGAUUUGAUCGAAAUAGGUUGCAUACACAACUUCAACAUAUUGAAGAUCUAUUAGAUAAUAUCAAUCGGAUCUUAAAUAGUCAUGAUGACAACAGUAACAAAAAGAAUGAAGGAAACUUGAUCAAGCCAAAUCGAGGUUUCAUCAUGUAUGGACCACCGGGUACUGGUAAAUCAGAUAUUAUGAGUAAAUUAUCAACACGUAUGGGUGUGAAUAUGGUCGCACCUCCACUCGCUGCUGGUGAACUGAAUCGAUCAUUGGCCUUAUAUGCAGAUGAUAUCAUUGCUUUUGAUCAUCUGGCUAAUUUAAAAUUUGCAGAAUGGGAUAAACUCAAAUCAUUAUCAUUGAAUGGAAAAAAGAUUCUCAAAUCGUACGUGGAUCGAGCAAAGCAAACGGUCAGCGAUGUUCAAACAGCCACAAAAGAAAAUAAAACCAAUCCGACUGAAAAUCAAUCAAAAUCGGAACUUCUUGCUUAUCUUCAUCAGAUAAAAUUAUAUUUUCAUUAUGUACUUGCUGAACAAUUUGCUCAAGCUGGAGUACGAACUCCUGCUAAAUUGAAUGCUGAAUGUGUUCAUUUAGCAUUUCAAGAAAUGCGUGAAGGUGGUUUUUCUGAUGAUGGUCUUUUUGAUCAAAUGAAAAUGUUUUUUCUUCCACUUACAAUGGUUAACAAAGAUUUAGAUAUUGAUCGACCACGAUGGAGAAUCAUUUCACAGCGAAAUCAGCAAGAAAAACAUCGAUUAUUGGCGGAAAAAGAACGUCUACUCGAAGAAUUGAACGAAAAGGAAAAUCUAUAUUAUGAAAAAGAUGAUAAUAUUGAGAAAUUACGAAGAGAGAUCAAUUCAAAAAAGAAAGUAUCAACCAAACUGGAUGAUGAUGAAUAUGGAAACUAUACAACGUUGGACUUGCUGAAUAUAAAUCGACGAGCAAAGGAACAAUUAGGAUUGGAUCGAAAUAGGUUGCACACACAACUUCAACAUAUUGAAGAUCUAUUAGAUAAUAUCAAUCGGAUCUUAAAUAGUCAUGAUGAUAGUAGUAACAAAAAGAAUGAAGGAAACUUGAUCAAGCCAAAUCGAGGUUUCAUUAUGUAUGGACCACCGGGUACUGGUAAAUCAGAUAUUAUGAGUAAAUUAUCAACACGUAUGGGUGUGAAUAUGGUCGCACCUCCACUCGCUGCUGGUGAACUGAAUCGAUCAUUGGUAGGUGAAUCAGAACGUGUUAUUCUGGAUAUUUGUGUGCGUUGCCAUCGAACACCGUAUCUCAUGUGUUGUGUAUCCAUCGAUGAGAUUGAUUCAUUGGCACCGAANAAUGAUGAGUUCUCAGGUACUGGUAAAUCAGAUAUUAUGAGUAAAUUAUCAACACGUAUGGGUGUGAAUAUGGUCGCACCUCCACUCGCUGCUGGUGAACUGAAUCGAUCAUUGGUAGGUGAAUCAGAGCGUGUUAUUCUGGAUAUUUGUGUGCGUUGUCAUCGAACACCGUAUCUCAUGUGUUGUGUAUCCAUCGAUGAGAUUGAUUCAUUGGCGCCGAAACGUACAGAUGAUUCAAGUGAUGUGAAUGUAUCAAAACUUAGUGUUCUAUUAUCAGUCAUCGACGGUAUCAAAGAUGUUCCUAAUCUGAUGAUUUUCUGUGCCACAAAUCGUUUACAUAUGAUGGAUGAAGCAUUUUUACGACGUAUGAAUGGAAAAUACUUUGUUGGACGACCAUCAUCUCGUGCUCGAAAGAAUAUGUUAAGUCAAAUGAAAUCCUGGCAUGUAUCACCACAGCUACUAGAACGCUUGACUAUGGCUACAACUAAUUUCAGUGGAGCUGCAAUCAGUGCACUUCGUCGUGAAAUUACGGUGUAUUGUAUUGAUAAAGAACGUAUUAAUCCUCGUUAUCAACUUGACUAUCGCACAAUGCUUCAAAUAGCAGACACAACAGCAAGACAAUUUCGUAUUUUUAUCGGCGCAGAAACUUUACCAACUCUUUUAUUGCGUACUCUCCAUGACGAUCAAUUACUAGAAGAUGAUCAACAAUUAAAAUCACGAUUUAAUAACUUACCAGAUAAACCCAGAUCGUCAUAUACUGGUAAGAUUCUUGUUAAUCUGCAUGCACGUCGUAUUGACAUUGAAACCAUAUUUACACAUGAUGGUUCGGGUGAACAUGAAAAAGUCGUCAAUCAGGAAGAUUUACUCGAUUCAGAAACUAAUCUACAAGAGCUACUUGAACGCUUGACUGCCUAUGGAAAAUCACGUAAUGUGCAAUUAUUCCAAUUAAUCGAUCUCAAUUUACUUACGACAGAAAGUGCUUAUGAUGAAAAAGACAAAUUCGAAGUUUUAAAAGAACGUCUCGAUGAAUGUGCCGCUUAUCGUCGUUCAAUGAUUGUCUACGAUUUAGAUUCAUUAAUUGGUGUAAAUAAAAGUGAAGGAAAUUCUUCAAUGGGUCGAUCAACUAAUUUUUCUUUAAUCAACCAAAAUGUUUACACUUACGUAAAAGAUAAAUUUCAAAGUGCAUAUGUUGAAUCUUCAAUGCAAUCGUCGAAUACUACUGAAGACGAUAGUAAUGAUAUAAUUACUACUGAGAAAUGGACUGUCAUGGUUAUUCGUGAUCCAUUUCUUCUUCGUCAAUUCUGCGAUGAUGUUCAAUUUACACGCACACAAAGUGAAAUUGAUGAAGAACAAGCUGAAAUGCGUCGUGCUGAUGAACGAAUUAAAUGUGUUCAAUGUAAUGAUUAUUAUAUAGAACAAGACAAUAAGAUGGGUGUUUGUGCACAUCAUGAUGGAUUUGUCUAUGAUAAUCAUUCAUUGACACUUGAACAAUGGGGUCAACGAGCUGCAGUAGAACAAUUACUGAAAGAAGAAGCAGCUGCUAUACAGAUGGCAUUAAAAGGUCCUUUACCAGCAGAAGAUAAAGAACGAUUUGAACGUGAAAAAGUACGUUUUAAAUACAUAUGUUGUAAUCAAACCAUGCAAGUUGGCAAUUCGAUGGGCGGUUGUAAAAGAGGAAAACAUAGUUCACCCGGUGUCACUUUGGUCGAAUGGGAACAUGAAUGUGAUCACAAUCGAGAAUAUAAAGAUAAACUAUUGAACUUACUUGAAAACAGAAUUCGACAAUAG